AUGGCCAUGUGCAUUCAAGAAAUUUUCGAAUUUUUGGGUGGGUGAAUCUUAUUUCUGGUUUUACAAUGUAGAGUCCUGUCACGGCAUUUCUGCUGAACAUGAAAUGUUUUUAGCAGCUGAAGGGGAACUGAUUAAAGCUUAUGAACUUGUGUGGCAUCUUGCGGAAGUAGUGCUAUUUCAGGUAACUAAGGUAUUGAGGGGAAUUUUUCGGUUUAGGCUCCGCCGCCCGGUCACUUAGCAUACAAUCUAGCCAGCUGGCACUUUGUGCAGUCACAGGAAGCCUCCAAUACUGCGCGAAACAUCCUUGCAACUUGCAGCCGGACACACGGAAUGCACUCCGCCUUCAAUGACCCCGAUAACGAACUUCUAUCGCGGUUUUGGCCGACUGUGCUUGCUCUAGUUUUGCAAGCAAGAACGAUCGAGGCAGCAGCUUUGAUUGCUGCACAUCCCAGUGCAAAUUCGGCUGCUUUCCGCAACAUUAGACAGCUGUUGAAUAACAUGCCGCUUUCUGAAUCGCAAAGUCACGUUCCGGCAGGUUCGUGCGCGCACGACUAGAUUUUUUUGCUCUGUUUGGACGCAUUUAGAUGCAUGCAUUAAUGAUUGUCCCAAAGAGUUUUACUUUAUGGAAACCAAAAAAUACCCAAGAGUGCAGUGACUUCCCAAAAUGGUCCUUCUGACUACUUUACACUCCUCUCUAUGAACGUACACCAAGUUUUUAAGACGACCUAGUUAGCUUACACGAAUUCCAACCGGGAGUUGUGGUGAUAUACGGUUAAACUUUACCAGCUGUCAGUUAUCGUCAGCCGACCCACGACCCUUUGGCUUGCACUAUCGCCUCCGUCCUCCGCCACAGAGAGCAAGUGCUUGAAUCCUCUUUUCCACGGUUCCAUUUAUUGCUUUAUUUUUUCAAGUAUUCUUAGACUAAUGCAGUGCGCUCAGGCUAAAAGCUGUCGGGCGGCGGUACUGAAGUACAGUGUAGAGUACUUUUUCAUUUUUUUUUACACUACAGUCCUUACGUUGCCGAAGAAUGCCUCAUUUCAGCUUGCUAAUAAUUAGCCAUGACUGUGUUUUGGGCUCUUGGUUUUCUGUUGUCCAAAAACCGCCUUCGUUCUUAGAAACCUGUACAUACGUUGCCGUGCCUCUUUAAGUGUUAAACAGUUAUUUUUCUCACUGACUUCCCACUCAAAUUACGUUUAUUCGGUCGCACGCCAAUCCGCCUGUACGUUAAUAUUUCUUGCAAGAUGCACAAGAUUGCUAUUUAGGAGCAUUUUUGUGAGGUUAAAUUACGUUUAAAUGGCUUCUAAACUUCUUUCUUCGUCACCCUUCACUGAUAAACAUAGCGGAAACAAUGGAUGAUGAAACAACCCGUCGAGACGCUUGGGACUUUUGGCAGAGGACCUGCUUUAAACGCCUGUCUGAAGGCGAAUUUGGUCAAGGGUCAGCAGAUUCCUCAUCAGAUACGUCCAAUCUGCAUCUAAUUGCAUCAAUUCUUGCUGGACGGCAAGACAUCUGGGAUGAUCCGCGCGUUGUCGAUGCUUGUGGCCAGCCCAGCAAUUGGUAUUUCCGACUUACCGCAUGGAUUUUCUACACUGAUCGCUUUGUGGGGCCAGACUCACUCCUUCCGUUGGUGGAUCAGUGGCGUCAGACAUAUCCCCCUCAGCCAAAGUUGCCUAACAACCCCCUCGACGAGGUGCCCGUUUUAUAUCUGUUACUUUGCUUGUGAUUAUUCCUUUUUAAAUUGGUUAGAACCAAGUAAAUGCUGAUGCAAAGUUUACGUUAGGCAUUGUGCUGUUUCGCGGCUUGGCCAUCUUAUAUAUCAAAAGUCAAUUUGCUAGCGUUUGCUUUUAAUGUUUCACACCAUGGCCCUAACAAACUCUUGCAACCAAGAAGCUUGAACUCUGGCGCGAAACGUUUUGGCCACACGACUCCAUUUCUUUCUUAGGCUGCGACAUCAAAAUAUUAAUUAGUAGUUUUAUGCUGCUGGCUGUUCUGACAUUUCUAAACAAUCAGGAACGCUACCAUGCGGACCUUUUAAGAGCAAAAUCAUGAGCCGCGUUCUUUACCUGUUUUCAAAUUAACGAUCUUCCUUUAAAUUCUUCGUCAUCCGAGCCAUUCGUUCGACCAUAGAAACCUACAGGGAAGGGCUGUCGAAAACUAUGACAGAACCCUUGCUUUUGACUCAUUUUUUUCAAUCGAGCACACAUCUUGAAAAACUGACUGAAUUGUCAGAGUAAUAUGUGCGUAGAUUGACAACUCCCGCGCUGGACAAUGUGGAACUGAACAACACUUUUUAUACGUUUUUACCCGCAGAUAAUUGACGAACUUGUCGUAAGCAUCUUUCGCGCCGAUAUUGUCUCGCUCCUAAACACCGCAGGGGAAAAAUUUAGCAACUGGUGGUUAGUUGCACACUUAUCGAACUUCCUAAAACGCCUAUUUCCGAAAAUAUUCGAGUCGGAGGCUUCACGGGACAAUGUCAACCCACUCCAGGAUUUGGUGAAUGUUAAGUUGGAAGACCGCGAGACAGGUAAAUUUCUCGUUACUUAUGCAUACUGUUCUCUGUGAUUCUAUUUUUUACUUUGAGUCGUUUAAGUAUGACCGCACGGUCAAACCCCAGACUUGUCGUUUAAGGGGUUCAUUCGAAGAAUUCCUUGCAUUAAGCAGUUCAAAACAAAACCGCAUAGUCGUGUCAGGCUCCGGCUCGAACUGUACCGGUUUUUUCAUGACUGAGCGAGUAAACAGUCGUCAUCAAAGGAACGUCUGAUCUACGUAUGUUACCGGUCCGUAUGCAGAUCCGUUUUUUGUUUCAUACCCAGCUCUUAGUAGCAUUCGUCCACAAGCGGACGCAGCGUCAUACCUACCGAAUAAUGCGGCAUGACGUGAAUCCCCCACUUGAAUUGUAAACAUUUGGUUCCACUAUCUACCGGUGCUGAAGCCUAGUGAUGUAUGACUUUUUUCUCCACCACUCUGGUGCUCCACCUGUAUUAGUGAAUUACUCGGUUGACGUACCAACCACACAUUCACAAGGAGGUAUUCGUCUCUUCAUCCUUAUUUAGGGACGGAACAGGGACAUUGCAUUUUGACUUGUAACUCCAGACCGGACCGCUCGUAGGCAGUCACAUGGUGACGAGAAGGCAAGCACAUAAUGGAAUAGAAUAUCAACUCAUAAUUCUUCGUCGCACUGAGAAGCACUGAGGUUUGAACUCGGCUUUGGCUGAUCAUUAAACCGCACGUGCUACUUGUUCAGGUCUUAUUCGUCCCGGCACGAAACAUUCAAAGUAACAUGCAAGUGAUUUUCAUCGACCUUCGUUGAUUCCAGGGCGGUAUAUGGUCUGCGGCGGUUCUAGCCCGGGUAUCCGAUUUUAAACGAACUACCCAUAUUUCUUCCUGCAGUCAGUAUAGAUCGACAGGUGACAUCCUCACAUGGCCUUAAAAAUUUUUUUUUUCAGUAGCAGUCGAUAGAUCGUAAAUUUCUGGUUAAGCCGGUGGUGCUUAUGUCAAAAUGAAACCGGAUUUAAACCUCGAGGCUUCUCGCUUUAGGUUUGGGUGUGCCCGACUGACAGUGACAAAUAAGCAGAUAAAGACCUUAGUGCCUGUUGAAUAUCUACGUUGUUCUAACCGCACUUGCAUUGGAUUCCAAUAUGCAAUCAUCUGCAGACAACCUAGCUUGGAGUCGGGGUGACCCUAUCUAUGCAAGCCAGUUUGGUUUAUGAGACCGUCAUACCACAACUUUUUUUAUGGAUUAAAAACCUACAAAAUGCUAUCUAUCUGUCUGUUUGGAAUCAGCCUGCACCCACACCUACAAAGGUUAACUUUACCAUUUAAAAUGACUGGCAGUUCCUUCUGUUUUCUCUCUUAGCGGAUAUUGACGGGACCAGGGUCUACAGCCUCCUAUCAGACUUCUUUCUUUUCGGCUAUGCGGAAUCUCUGGUCUCAGAACCAUGCCUACUGUCAGUCGCCCUGGGUUACCUGGACUACUGCUCGUCUGCUGCAGUUGCACGGGAAGCGCAGGCCAGUCUGAUUGCCCAAGUCAAGCCAACAUCCACACGAAUGGCUAACAUGGUGAACGUUUAUGUUUUGCUAUAAUUUAUGCUUAAAGCUUGGAUAGAAAACAGAGAAGGAGCUUCAUAGGAGCCCCUAUUGAAAACCCGCGAUCGCUCAUUAAAACAUUUUUCGUUAAUUCCUUUAUCGUAUGCACACUUCUGCAGUGUGUCGCAGUAUUUAACCAUCGACUUUUAUUGCGGUCAACCCGUACCCUUUAGUAAAUUAGCAGCAGGCAGGAACCGCUGGAGACGCCUUCCAUAAUAUGCAUGUUUUACUUUAUUUUACCCCUUUCUAUUCGGCCUGAUGUUCGAUAGAGCAGAAAUAAUUGCGUCGCGCCGGCCAUUACUUCCGCCAAUCUAGACCGCACGUGUUUGUGUACCGACUGAGACUAUGCUCCCAGUGCAUAUUUGUGGAUUAAUCAGAAAGGACGAUUAUGUAUUAUUAAUUACUACCAUAGUCAUUACUAUUAGUAAAGAUUUCGACUGUCAUCCCACUAGUUUAGCCUGCUCCAAUCUGCAUGGCUUUAUGAACUAGUGAGAUCCAUACUUUUCGGUCAGUGGUAAGGCCCUCACCAAUCGUUAUCCGUCUCGUGUUGCAACUCAGAACACGGCCCAUAAUUGUCCCCAGACCUCCCUGUAUCAAAUAUUUCUAAUUUUCCACUUGACAGUCAUUGGAAGGGUUUCAGUACGGAUAGGACCUCGCCGAGUUCCUCCUCCGUCGUCUGAGCACAUGAAUAAGUCAUCUAAAAUGCCUGCAAUAAGGGGAGUUGCGACCUCGAGAUAUGAUCCGUUAGUCAACGACGUAGCUCCCUCCGAUGGCCGUACUCUUCAAACUUAUGCAGUUUCUUCCAGUCACGAGCGCACAGUCGAGAAAUGAAUCCAAAUCACUUUAGCCGUAAGCUAGUACACGCGAAUCCUUGUUUUCGGGUUACCUUUUCGAUGAGAUCACUAGCACUUUCAGAGGUAACAGGACACGCUGCGCGCGGUCCAUGUGUAGUACCUUUUUCCCCCAGACAUUGUUUUCGGCAGAGUAGGGGACCCCAAGUAGACGAAUCCGCUUACUGAAGGCUGUGAACAAAUAAAUAAAUAAUUUCUUAUUAAAGACCCGUCGAGGUACCAUAAAAGCAAGUGAAAAUAAGUUUACAUACGAAUUUUAAAUGAGGUAGGCAGAAUCUGUACAGAAUGUGAACCUUGCACACAGCAGAAUGCCUUGGAGCACAUUAUGUUACCCUCGUAUCAGUGAGCAGAUUUAAAAAGCGAGCUUGCCCCAGGCCGAAGUAAAUGCAUACAGAACUUAGAAAAUAAAAAAAGAUGGAACCAUUUGAUUAACAGGUAGUAAAACCUUUGAUUGGUCGAUCCGCCUUUCGAGGUUGCCACUCAAUCGGUGGUUCUUAAGUCCUCACUCCACUAAAAUCAUUCGAAUGUAACGUUCCAUUGCAUAAGAAUAGGCUUUCAUCUGACCACACAUUUUUUGUUAUAGCUCAUUCGGGAGGCACGCCGUCGCGGCCUGCACAACACCGCCGAUGAGAUCGCUCGUGUUAAGGUUGCCAAUCUUCGCCCUCUAAUGCAUUUAUUUGAUGCUGCCUCCGGAGCUCGACAGCCUGUUGAAUCCAUCUCAGAUACGGUCAAUGUCGGGAACGUUUCCCCCGUGUGUUCUGCUCUUGGCUGGGCGAUCAUGGCGCGAAACCGUGAUCUGGUGACCCAGCUGGUUACACGUUUGCUUUGGACUGGCAUGCCUAGGCUAGGCAGCCUAGUGUCAUUCCGACUGAGCUGGAAUCGAGCGCGAUGCAUUCGGGAGGUGGCUGCAAUCGUGAGCUGCCUCUUUGGUGGUGGCUGCAGUAAGAGCUGGCUUGCUCUCUCCCCAGAGAUCGCUUUCCUGGUCAGAUACGCCGAACUACAACAGCUACUUGCCGAAAAGCAGAUUCAGGCUGCGGUGAACACUGUUCUGGAUCUCCUAACGACGGACUCCAUGUCUGAUGGACGUGUCUUUGAGAAGCCGAACAAGCCAAAGCAACUUGACUCCGCUGCCUGUCAACGUAAAUACUCCCCGCCCUUGCCUGUACACUUUCGAUUACAUCUUCUCAUGCUCCUUAAACCUCAUCUGACAGAUUUGAGCUGCCUCCGCCGGGACCAGAUUGAGAUUCUUACUGUAAUGGUGACAGAUCUUCGUGCAGCCAUCGAUCUUACGCUGUCGGAUCGUAGUCUCGAUCCGAACGUGACUGACCUCAACGACUGGUUUUUCGGUCUGCACGAUCUUCUUGCCCGGGCUCGAGCCGCGGCGAUAUUGCGCGGCAACGGAGCAUCCAAUUCGGACCUGAUGUAUCACUUCACUGAUGUUCUAUCUGAGUGUACAAUGCUAGCUGAUUAA